UUGGUUGGCACUUUUUAAGAAAGAGAGAACAUUUCAAACGACCUUGCUCCUCUCUCUCUCUCUCUCUCUCUCCCCGCCUGUCUCCAAAUCUGGGGUUGAAGAUGGCCUUAAAAAACAUCUCAACGCUGUGCUUCCUUUUGUUGUGGUCGGUGCAAGAAACAACUUGUUUCAUCAAGAAACAUAAGCUGAUAGAAUUCCAAGCAAAGCUUCAAGAAAUGGUGGCCUCAAGCAGUCCCAUUCCACCACCUUCCCCGGCCGUCUCACAAACCAAACAGAGUGGGAGAGUGUUUUAUCCAAUUGGCUAUGGAGCGGAUCCAACUGGGGUUCAAGACAGCAGAGAUGCCAUAUUAAAUGCUUUGAAUGAUGCCUUUCAAGUGCAAAAUGGGCUUCAGUUGCUCCCUGGUGUGAAUGACUUGGGUGGUGUUGUAAUUGAUUUGCAAGGUGGAAACUACAAGAUCAGCAUGCCCCUCAGAUUUCCUGCUUCUGGUGGAGGCAACGUUGUGGUAAAAGGAGGAACUUUGCGAGCAUCGGACAUAUUUCCUGGCGAUCGGCAUCUCAUAGAAGUAUGGUCACAGAAUUCUCAAGUACUUGAUAAAAGAAACAAGGUACAUGAUCCAAAUGGUUUCUCUGCUGGAAAAUUACAAAAUGGCGCCAUCCUCUAUGAGGACAUCACCUUCCGUGACAUCCUUUUCGAUUCGGGAUAUAGAGGAGGAGGGAUUUUCGUUGUCAAUUCAGCCAGAAUUCGAAUUAACAAUUGCUUCUUUUUACACUUCACAACAGAAGGAAUUUUAGUCCAAGGAGGCCAUGAGACCUUCAUAUCUAGCUGCUUCCUAGGACAACAUUCUACAGUUGGAGGGGAUCCAGGUGAGAGAAAUUUUUCAGGCACCGCAAUUGACCUUGGGAGCAAUGAUAAUGCAAUCACAGAUGUUGCUCUGUUUUCAGCAGCCAUUGGUGUGUUAUUAAGGGGUCAGGCUAACAUUCUCACAGGGAUACACUGCUAUAACAAGGCAACCGGCUUUGGUGGUGUAGGAAUUAUGGUGAAAUUAUACGCAUCACUGACUAGGAUAGAUAAUUGUUACUUGGAUUAUAAUUCUAUAGUCAUGGAAGACCCUGUUCAAGUUCAUGUUACUAACGGGCUAUUCUUGGGAGAGGGCAAUAUAGUUUUAAAAGCGAUCAAUGGCAAAAUUUCUGGAGUAAAUAUUGUGAAUAAUAUGUUCAACGCAGAUCCAAAAGGUACGACUCCUAUUGUAGGAUUAGAUGGGACAUUUACUAGUAUUGAUCAAGUGCUCAUUGAUCAGAAUGAUGUAGUGAGUGGCAUGAAAUACAAAUCAACAGUGGGGAAGCUAACAGUGGCCGGAAAUGCAACGAAAUGGGUCGCAGAUUUUUCUUCGGUUUUGUUGUUUCCUAACCAGAUUAAUCAUUUUCAGUACUCAUUUUACAUUCACGGAAUGCCUAAUGGGUUCCCAAUUCAUGCAAUAACAAAUGUGUCAAAUAAUGUAGUUGUCGUGGAGAGUGACAAAUUGGUCAAUGCUGUGGUUUCUGUGAUUGUUGAUCAAUGUAAUAUGGCUGGUGAGAGUAAUGUUAUGUAAAUUUAGUCGUUGUAAUUCUCUUAAAAUCAUCGAAAUCAUUAAGGAGACUCAGUGGGUAUAAAUUAAAGCCUAGAAUCAUGGGUUGUCUGCUA